AGUGAGCUGCUGACCGCCGUGGAGGGAGCAUGUGCUCGUCUAACCUCCUGAUGCUGGUCACGUGAUACCGGGCAAGAGAGCCAAAGUUUGAGAAGGGUCAGAACGAAAGAUCGAACCGAAAUGGCUCUGUGGUGUCAAACGCUGUGAGUACUGUACCAAUAGACGUGUCUUUUUCACUGUGAUGGAACGUUGCAAACUGAAAUAAACUUCAGCUGUACAAAUUAUUUGUUUUCGCUGCAAUCAUAACUUAUUUAUUCACUGAAAAUUAAACUUGAAAUCAUAAAAGAGAAAAUGGCACGAUUAGACGACCAGGAAACGAUGAAAGGCAGUGAAAUGGGGACAGUAGACGAUAACAAUAACAGUGACAGCAACAGCAGCUCCCCCGAGGAGCGCCCCGACGCGGCCAAGUCCCCGGGCCCCUCCGGCGGGAAGUACCAGCUGCGGCCGCGGUCGGUUCACGCCCGGCGCCUCUGCGACAGCGACUGGAGCUUCGGGGAGAGCCUACGACACAAGCCGCGUGCGGCGCCGCUGUCCAGGUACCGCAGGAAGACCGCCAACGCCCGGGAGCGCUACCGCAUGCGGCAGAUCAACACCGCCUUCGAGAGCCUUCGCGGCGUGUUGCCGUCAUGGGUGUGCAGUCGCCGCGCCGCCUCGGACAUGACCAAGAUCGCCACGCUGAGACUCGCCUCCGCCUACAUCCGGUCGCUGCAGGACAUCCUGGACGGCAGCGCCCCGCAGGACACCUGCUCGUGGGUCCUCUCCGCCAUCCUGGACAACACGCCGUCAGGUCCCCAGAAGCCGGCCUCGCCCAUCCACCAGGCCUCCAGCGGGCAGUUCCUCGAGCACCAGGGUCAGGGGGCUGACCUGGUCUCCAUCCUGACGGGAGCCUCGUCGCACCAGGUCUUCCAAGACAACCUCGAGUCCUUCUGCUACAUGUCUUCGGCCUCGCAUAAUGACGACUUCUUGCUGGGCUGCGAACCGCCGCGAGUCUGGAGUGAGGCUUAG